UGCUGUUUUCUAACAUGGCUGUUUGCUGUUUUUUAAACUAAUAGAGGUGUUUCUAAUUUAUUUCAGCAUCAUGGUGGCGGUUAUAUGGAACUGAAACACCAGCUUUACAGAAGAUGGCUACAAGGAUAUUAUCUUUGACAUCAAGCUCUUCUAGUUGUGAAAGAAAUUGGAGUGGGUUUGAAGGGAUACACACUAAGAAGAGAAAUAGGCUGACUACAACCCGCCUCAACAAGUUGGUCUAUAUUCAGUUCAAUAACAGGCUGAUGAAUAAGAGAGAAAAGAUUAAGUCAAAGAAAAUCACUAAUGUUCUCUUGUCUAGUGAUACAACUGAAGCUCAAGGUUUUCUCCAAGAGGGUGGAGAUGAUUGUGCACAAGUUGUCUUUAGAGAUGGGGAGGAAGAUGAGAUGGAAGGUACAGGGAUACCUUGGUCUGUUAUUGGAGAGGCAGUGGGAGCAGAAGAACAGCUUGAGCCUUGUAGAAGUGCAAGAGUGAGAGAGCUCUAUGAAGAAGAGUUUGAGUCUGAAGAAGAAGAGUAUGAAGAUGAAGAUCUGUGCUACAGUGAAGAUGAAAUAUGAUCUGGACCAUCUCCAUCUAGUAGUGAAGCCUUUUGUGAUGCCCUGGUCUUAUGAACUGCAGCUGUGUCACUUUGUGUCUGUGUGUCUUCUUUUGUGAUUAGUGAGACCUGAACUAAGAACUAUGUGCUUGUGCUGUCCUUUAUUUAUAAAUUGUGUUCUGUACUUGUAUUACUGUCCUAUCCACUUGUUGUAAA